AUAUAACUGGAAAGAUAGUCGAUUUGCCCUGUAUACGGCACUUUUGUUUACACGUGCGUUUGAUGUUUAGCAUAUUCGACAGUUUUGGUGCGAAAGUGUAGUUGUGAGUCUACGCGAGAUCCAUGACAUUUAUUUGCUUGUUGUUUUAUUAGCCGUAUUCCCCAUUCUUAGACUGUUUUCAUUGCAAAAAACUACGGAGAAUGGAAGGUCCUGAAAGAGCUGAUGUCUCAGCGAUGGCUACGGAUCUGGCACGUCUUGUGGAGCUCAUGAUGGACCCAAGCGUGCCUCAGGUGCAGAGGCUCGAUGCAUACACGACCUGUGAACAGUUUAAGGAAACAUCACCGCUGUGUGCACAGUGUGGAUUUUACCUGGCCCGAAACACAGAAGUUUCUCAUAUUGUACGUCACUUUGGAUUACAGCUAAUGGAACACUGUGUGAAGUACCGAUGGAACCAGAUAUCACAACAGGAAAAACUUUUUAUUAAGGAAAAUGCCAUGAAGUUGCUCAUUGGGGGCAUUGAACAACAGCUUCAAGAUUAUAGCCACAUCAAGGAUGCACUUUCACGAGUGAUUGUGGAAAUGAUAAAAAGAGAAUGGCCACAGCAGUGGCCAACUUUGUUGAAAGAGCUCAGUGAUGCGUGCAGGCAUGGGGAAAGUCAGACUGAAAUGGUCCUCUUUGUUUUUCUGCGGCUUGUUGAAGAUGUGGCUUUGCUGCAGACACUGGAGUCCAAUCAGAGGAGGAAAGACCUGUAUCAAGCGUUAACUACAAACAUGGGUGAUAUAUUUACAUUUUUCUUGAAAUUAACUAUGGAACAUUGCCAAGAAUUUAAAUCACUCACAGAUAGUGGAAAAAUACAAGAAGCGGCAUCUCAUGGAAGAGUUGUGCAGGUAGUUCUCCUCACACUGACGGGAUUUGUGGAAUGGGUGUCAAUAUCUCACAUUAUGGCUGAUAAUGGACGUCUGCUACAAAUACUUUGUCUGCUGCUUGACCAGGAGAGCUUCCAGAAUGCAGCUGCAGAAUGCCUUUUGCAGAUUGUCAACCGCAAAGGACGUGUAGAGGAACGCAAACCCCUUCUGAUACUCUUCAGUGAGGAUGCCAUGAGAUGUAUAUUCAAAGCGGCCGGUGUUACCUCAUGUAAGCCACUGGAUGAACAGCAUUAUAUGUUUCUGAAGAAACUGACACAGGUUCUAACGGGACUGGGCACUCAAUUGUGUGUGCUGUGGGGAAAAGAGGAUGGUGCAAAUGGACGGCCACCAAACUUUUCUUUAUAUCUGGAUGCCAUCCUUACUUUCACCCAGCACCCUAGUCUCACUCUGGCACACUAUGCGAAUAGUCUGUGGAUGUCUUUCUUUAAACACGAGCUCAUCUCAAAGGAUCCAGUUUUCCUCACAUUUGUCCCAAAAUGGGUACAGUCAACUGGUCCCAAAAUUAUAAAGGUUGGGUAUCCUUCCUAUCGCAAUGGCCCAAAUGCUGACAUUGCAGCAUAUUCAUCCCUCGACUUUGAUAGUGACGAGGAGUUUUCUUCCUUCUUUCACCGCUGCAGGUCAGAUAUGUUGGACACCUUUCGGCAGGCAACAAUGGUGGCUCCUCUUGUUACGUUUGGAUUUGUGGAAGAAUGGCUCAAGAUGCGCAUUCAGAAAUCUAAAGAAGAACCAGAAGUGGAAUGCAAUAUUAAUUCACCAACAUUUCUGGAAUGGGAAGCACUGUCUCAGGUUCUCGAGAGCAUUCUGAGCCGAAUACUGGUGUGCCAGGAGAGGCCGAGUGUCAGUUCAGGUCUCCAUCUCUUGGAGUUGUGCUUGGCAUACGAACCCACAGAUCCGCUCUUGCUGUCGGCCCUGCUAUCCUGCAUCUCAGCACUGUUUGUAUUUCUGAGCAUGGGUGCACCUGGUGAAGGUGCAGCACUCCUGCCGCGAGUGCUUGACAAAAUAUUUGGAGCCCUAGUUUUUGGUGUGCCAGGUCAGGCUAAGGACAGCCGCAGCCGUGCUGUGAAAAAUGUUCGCCGACAUGCUGCUAGCCUUAUGGUAAAAAUAGGGCAUAAGUAUCCACUGCUGUUGCUACCUGUGUUUGAAAGAAUUCAUGGCACAGUUGAGGGUUUGAAUAACGACCCUUCACAACUGUCACGUCUAGAGAAGGUGCUGCUACAGGAGGCAUUACUGCUAAUAAGCAAUCAUUUCUGUGAAUAUGAACGUCAGACAAGGUUUGUGGGGGAAAUUAUUGCACCUGGUGUUGAACAGUGGCAUACUUUGGGCCAAGAGGCUUUUAAAGGUCCUAAGGAGUUCAUGGCAUUUGUUGGCCUUGAUCGCCCUCCUGUUGAACCGAGUUGUGAUGAUGUAAAUGGUCAGAACAGAUCACACAUUCUGUUCUGCAUUCAUCUGUUCAUGGCUGUGGUGAAACGAUGCAUGUGGCCAGAGGACCCUGAUCGUGCGGCUCGGGGAGGAUUUGUUGUAGGAUACACAGAAGCCGGAAAUCCAAUAUGUCGGAAUCCUGCUGCCCCCCAUUUAAUUCCCUUACUUCCAAAUUUACUGAUGCUGAUUCGUGUUUUCAACAUGCUGUGGACGCCAGAAGCACUGGCUCUGCUGUCAGAGGGCUACCGAAACGCUCACGCGAUGUUGUCAGUGGAACGAAACAACCUGUUAGGCAUGGGCAGUCCGUGCCCCACGGGCUCAGACUCUGUGCUGGAUCGAACUGCAGCAGCCUCUUGGCAACGUUCGUACACACCUCUGGACCGUAUGCAGCACUUCCUCAGCAAUGUCCAUGAUACUUGUUACCAUAUCCUGGGCUACGCUGGUCCGAGCAUGGGGAGGGACUUCUACAGCUUACGUGGUCUUGCUGGUUCACUUGUUGCCUCUGUUUUUUCAAAUUUGGAGGUUAUACCAGACUACCGCCUGCGUCCCAUGGUGCGCGUUUUCCUGAAAGCAUUUGUCCAUUCCUGCCCUCCAGCAUUCUAUGAUGCAGUUUUGCUACCAGUGCUGGCACACUUCUGUCCAUAUAUGUUUCAGCGUCUUAAUGCAAAGUGGCAGUACAUUACACAGCUGUAUGAAACGGGGAGCAUUGAUGAGGACAAUACAGAUACACAGGAAGUUCUUGAAGACAUGCUGAACCGGAUGUUGACACGUGAAUAUCUGGAAGUUUUGCGUGUAGCUCUUAUAGGUGGUACAACCGAGACUGUAAUGGAGACAAUGGAACAUGAAGAAACAGAACCUACACGCACAUCGUCCUUGCAGACAGAGGUUAUAAGUGAAUUGGGCACAUUGUUGCUACGCACAGAGGCAACUUGCCAGCCUAUCGUGUUGUGUAUAUUUAGGGCCUUGGCAUGGAGUGAUACGAUAUCCAGCCUGAAGGCGACCUUGCUUGUGUUACCAGUAGUGCGGCAGCUCUGCUCUGACAACAGCCUCACGCCACCAGCUGCAAUGCAUGUCAUGACUUCAGUCCUGCAAGGCCUGCAGAUGCACGGCCAACAUGACUCGAAUCAGGGAGCACUCAUAACACUCGGCCUCCAAGUCUAUGAAGUACUGCGGCCAAAGUUUCCAGAAAUACGCGAGGUAAUGACACAAAUUCCUAACUGUAAUAGUCAAGAGCUCCAAAAGCUUGAUGAUAAAAUAGCUGCUGGCAACCAGAAGGCCAAAAAAGAAGUAUUCAAGAAGAUCACUAAGCAGCUGAUAGGCAGGAGUGUCGCGCAGCUGUUUCGCAAGGAGGUCCGAAUUGCAGAUCUUCCCCGAAUGGAACUUCCUCCGAAGCCUAAGAUGAGGGACCUUCUUGAAACUGAAGAUGUUGGUCUUUGUAAACUUUUUGAUGUUGUUGACUGAAAGAACAUGACACUGCAUUAUUCUUCUCCAAGAAAAUUAAAUUUCAGAGUGAGAGAGAGAAAUCUAAUAAUGCUUGCAAAAAGAAUUGCUAUGCAAUUCUUUGUGUACAGCAGAUAGAGUAGUAUGUAUGUAAGUUUUUAAUGCCAUUAAGGGGCAUUAUAACUGUAUUAUGACAAUAUUAUCUAUACUGCUUCUAUUAUGUUGUGAUCUGCUAGAAAUAUCUAUAGUAACAUGGAAUGUUUUUCUCAUAUGACUCAAGUCUAGAGAAAACUUACUAAAUAAUAAUGAAAGUAAGUCAUAAAUGCUGUGAAUUUCUGAGUAAGGUUUUUUUUUAUUGCUCUUAGAAGGAAAGUGCGGCGGGAAACACUCAUGGCAGUUGGCUAUUGCCGGAAUUGACUUUAUUUAUUCAAGCUGUUGGGGUAAAAUAUUGCAGUCAUGUACUAUUGUAUGUUUAUUUAUAAAUAACUAAUGAACCAGAUACAUUUGUGAAGAAAGAAAGAUUACAGUUAUGUCAGGUGAAUGCUUGAUGAGAUUUAAUGACCUUUUUUUCUUUUUGGCCGUUUUCAUUGUUUAAUCUCUGGAAGGCAGAGGUAAAUUAAUAAUUUUUGAAUGAAACUUCACUACUAUUGUAAAAUAAUUUAGGUUGUUGGUUGUAAUCUUGUUUCUAGAUGAAAAUGAACUUAUUGAGGUCAUUUUAGGUAUCAGCAAACUGCAUUAAAAGAUACUGUGUAAUGUAGCAGUGUUACUGAUUCAUUUUUUUCCUUCUUCCUCUUUGCUACUCUGUUUCUGUUGUUGUUUUUUUGCCCUGCUGAGAUUAUAUUUGCCAGUGUUCCAUUGGACUUAUGUAAGUUUUUUUUGUUAUCAAAUGUAGAUGGAAAAAGAUCUACACACAAAAAUGUCAAUUUCAAUGGGGUAGACAGAGUAUGGCAGAUGUGCUGCUUUUAGAAUCUGAGAAACAUUCAUCAGACAAAAGUGUGGCAAAAAUGAUAUUAAGUAGUCAAAUCACCCUUAUUGGGAAACAGUGGAGGGUGUUUUCUGUUUGGCGUUUUAGAUAUUACCCUCCUCCAUCAUCCUACUCACCAUCCCCUCAGUAAGUAAUUAUACAUUCUGUUUUUGUUUGAUUGCAGUAUCAAUUUGGUGCCAUUUUAGUUAUAAAUAUUUAAUUUCGUUUUUUGAAUACUAGAAAGUUAAUGUAAAAUAAUGAGCUUUUAAGUUAGGAUACUUUUUCUACACAAAUUAUCUGAUGGUGCAAACUUUUAUUUAGUAGAUUUAAAAUAGCCCCCCCCCCUCAAAAAAAAAAUUCUUUGAAAAACACACAGUGUGAUAACAAUGUUGAGUCAUAAGUAUCUGCAUUUAAAAUUUGUCCUCUAAUUCCACUCAGAUUUACAGUGUACAUAAUAUGCAUGUCAUAAAAGUUUCAAAUGAAUGGACUGUCGGAUUAACUUAACAUUAUAAUUAAAUGUACUAUUAGGAACCAAAUAUAUUUGAAAUUUUAUUGUACAUUUAAUAAUUACUGGAAAGUCAGUGUAAUGACAUUUCUAUAAACAAAAGUCAAUUUUAAAAUUAAGUGUGUCUGAUGUGAGCUAUAAGGAUCACUCUAUAUAAAUCUCAUAAAUCCAUUUGUGUCAUACAUGAGAAUCCUUUGACUGACUUCAUUUAAUUAAUAAGUGUCACAUAUUUUAAUGCUACAGUUUUGUUCAAUUGCAUCUAUGUGCUACACAGUGUAUAGACUGAAGGUCUUGUGAACAAAUUUAUGUCAAUACUAAAUGUCAAUUGAAAUGUAGAAUUGUGCUCGUUCAAGAUUUUAUCAAUAAAUAAAAUAUAUAAGCCA